UAAACGGCCAUCAAAGCUCUGGUAUGAUCCAGCAAUGGCGAUGCCUUCAGAAUCAACCAUCCUUGCAUUGUGGACCCACAGACAACCUUGCCGUUGAAAAAGUUCGGGAUUCUUUCUUGUAUGUUUUCAGGUUCUCACUCAUAAUUGGCUUCGCAGCCCCCCAAACGGAUAGUUUCAUCAUUUUCUCGAGACGAAAUCGAUAUUCCGGGUACGUUUUGAUUUCUUUACAGUUUUAGAGGAAUUCCGGCCACUGCUCGGCUGUUUCAGAGAAGGAUCAUAGGUACUUUUCAUUGGAAUUUUGAUCAUAAACUUGUUUGAAGUGGUGCGUAAUUGAGCUUGAGCUUUUCUUUCCCUUCUCGACCUCUGGAAUUUGAGUAUUGAUUUGUUCAGAAGGGAAAGAAAAUGAGCGUUGUUUCGGGUGUGGUUUCUCGGCAAGUCUUGCCUGUAUGCGGCAGUCUUUGUUUCUUCUGUCCAGGAUUGAGGGCACGGUCUAGACAGCCCGUGAAGAGGUACAAGAAGCUCAUCGCCGAUAUAUUUCCUCGUAAUCAGGAAGAAGGACCGAAUGAUCGAAAGAUAUCGAAAUUAUGCGAAUAUGCUGCUAAAAAUCCUCUUCGAAUUCCAAAGAUAACAACUUCCCUUGAGCAAAGGUGUUACAAAGAACUGCGGAACGAGAAUUUCCAUGCCGUUAAAAUCGUCAUGUCGAUCUACAGAAAACUUGUGGUUUCAUGUAAGGAGCAAAUGUCUCUGUUUACGAGUAGCUUAAUAAGCAUUAUCCAAUCUCUAAUGGACCAAACACGACAGAAGGAAAUGCAAAUUAUAGGAUGUCAGACUCUAUUUAGUUUUGUGAAUAGUCAGAUUGAUGGGACUUACAUGUUUAACCUAGAAGCCUUUGUUCCAAAACUGUGUCAAUUAGCUCAAGAUAGUGGAGAGGAUGAAGGGGCUGAAGGCCUGCGUUCGGCUGGCUUGCAAGGCCUUUCCUCAAUGGUGUGGUUUAUGGGUGAAUACUCUCAUAUUUCUGUCGAAUUUGAUAAUAUUGUUUCAGUGAUCCUAGAAAACUAUGGGGCUCCUGCAAAAGAUCCAGACAAGUUAAAUGAUCAAUGGGUGCAAGAAGUGGUAUGGGACAAGGGUCAUAUCUCUUCAUCGUCAGUUGUCAUGACGAGCACACCAUCUUGGAGGGAAAUCGUGACUGAAGGAGGUGAACUGAACUUGAUAGGGGUGGAUGUCCGAAACCCUUGCUUUUGGUCUAGAGUUUGCCUACACAACAUGGCCAAACUAGCUAAAGAAGCUACAACCAUGAGGCGUAUAUUAGAAUCUUUGUUUCGUUACUUCGAUAAUGGAAAUCUGUGGUCUAUUGAACAUGGCAUUGCAGCUCCAGUUCUGAAAGAUUUGCAGUUCCUAAUGGACAAAUGUGGUCAAAAUACCCAUGUUUUGCUUUCCAUAUUGAUUAAACAUCUUGACCAUAAAAAUGUCCUGAAGCUGCCUAAGAUGCAGCUUGACAUUGUUGCUGUGGCUACUGCCCUUGCUCAAGAGGCAAAAGUUGAACCUUCUAUUGCAAUAAUUAGUUCAGUUAGUGACUGCAUGAGGCAUUUGAGGAAGAGCAUACACUGCUCACUCGACGAUGCAAAUUUAGGGGAUGAAGUGAAAAAUUGGAAUAAAAGCUUAAAUCAAGCAGUAGAUCAGUGUCUGAUACAGCUAAUAUAUAAGGUCGGAGAACCAGGCCCAGUUCUUGAUGCUAUGGCUGUGAUGUUGGAGAGCCUUUCUUCUGUUACAGUCAUAGCCAGAACUGCAAUUUCUGCUGUUUAUCGUGCUUCUCAAAUUGUUGCCUCCUUGCCUAAUUUAUCAUAUCAAAACAAGGCAUUCCCUGAGGCUUUGUUUCAUCAGUUAUUACUGGCUAUGGUCCAUCCCGAUCAUGAAACACGAGUUGCAGCUCAUCAUAUUUUUUCAGUUGUCCUUAUGCCAUCUUCUGUUUGUCCUCGUCUACACGCUUCAGAUGUCGAGUCAAGGAUGACUUCUGACAUUCCUAGGACAUUCUCAAGAACUGUCUCUGUUUUUUCUUCUUCAGCUGCCCUUUUUCAGAAGCUAAGGAAUGAAAAAUUCUCCUUGCUGGAAAAUGGUCAUCCAGAUAUGAAAGAUAGCUCUCUUGCCGAUGGCAAACAGGAAAAUGCAAGAAAUGGAAUGCAAAGUAGCUUGACGUCAUCCUACAGUCGGGCAUAUAGCACAAGAAACUCCGGACCUUUGAGAACUGAUGCGACUGCGACUACUAUGAACAACUUGAACAAAGAACCAGAAACUCAUUCUCUCCGACUCAGUAGCCACCAAAUUACACUUCUGCUCUCAUCAAUCUUUGCACAAUCCAUAUCUCCUGCUAAUGUUCCAGAAAAUUAUGAAGGAAUUGCCCAUACAUACAGCUUGAUCUUGCUGUUUUCUCGAGCUAAGAAUUCAAGUCAUGAGGCCCUAAUACGAAGUUUUCAGUUGGCAUUUACAUUGCGAGACCUUUCUCUCAGUAAACGAGGAUCAGUGCCACCAUCACGUUGUCGAUCCUUAUUUACUCUAGCCGCAUCGAUGAUCCUCUUUUCGUCCAAAGCUUUUAAUAUCCUUCCCCUUGUUGACCAAAUGCAGACUAUAUUCCGGGGCAGAAUGGUUGAUCCCUUCCUAGAAUUGGUAGAAGGCUGCAAGUUACAAGCUGUCACCAUACCGUCUGACAAAACGAGUUGUCCUUAUGGAUCCAAGGAAGAUGACGAUUCGGCCUCGAAGUUUCUGUCAGAAGUAGAGAUAACCAAAGAUCAAACUAGAGAAUCCCUUGUUACCGAGAUCGUGAAGAGUUUGGAUACACUUUCAGAUUCUCAAUUCUCCAGCAUAAAGAAGCAACUUCUCAGCGAGUUUGUACCUGAUGUUAUGUGUCCUCUCGGAAAUCAUCGGUUAGAGGAUACGUCGAAUAACGUGUAUCAGUCUGCUCCAUUUUUUAACAUUGAUGAAGAUUCCUUUGGCGAUGCAUUUGAAAGCCAAACUAAAGAUAAUCAGGAGUUCAUUGUGAUUCCAGUUUUGAGUGUGAAUCAGCUUUUAGAAUCAGUACUCGAAACAGCAAAUCAAGUCGGAAGUAUCUCCAUCUCGACCACAGAUCAUGUGCCUUACAAGGAAAUGGCCCAGCAUUGUGAGCUACUUCUGAUGGGAAAGCAGCAGAAGAUGUCAACAUUGACGUCUUUCCACCUGAAGCAGGAGGAGGUUAGCAAUCCAUUCAUUGAACACUCAUCGGCUAACCCAUUUCAACCUCCCUCUGGACCCAUUGUGAUGCCGUGCAUGGCUGAAUACGAGUAUCAUUCACACUCGUUAAGAUUACCAGCUUCAAGUCCAUAUGACAACUUCCUCAAAGCUGCAGGCUGCUGAUCAAUUGAACCAGAAAUAUUAGCUACUCAAGCGAUUUCAUCGAGCGAGAUGACUGAUGACUAAGCAACUGGAGUACAUUUUGUAAGUAGCUACUACAGACACAGACAAAAGAUAAGCGUCACACUGAAGGCUUUCAUUCUUUUCUUCAAGCUUUCUCUUCAUAACUAUGGACUCAUCCCUGCCCUAGAAGUCGUCUUUUGUUCUUUGUGGAGUUCCAUCUUAAUUUAAUUGAUUGUAUAUUUUGUUCUUCCAUUGUUGUCUGUAAACUCUAUACCAGCGUUCAAAGUUAUGCGAUGGAACAGCAUAACCUUGUAUUACAGAAAAAUAUUAGAGGAAAGUUAUAUUCAAUGAAGCCAAUUUAAUUUUCUGUUCA